UUCUGGUAUAAUCGAAUUUGAACACUCCUGAUUCGAACAGCCGGUCUGCGGUUUAACGUGCUGGUCCGGUCCAGAUAAAUUGGUAGGCGAAGUGAGCGACGGUGAUUGUCUAUUCAAUCCAAGUUUUCUCUGUUUCAAUACAAAGCACCUCAUUUACGAUUUUUAACUACUUAGACCAGCUUGAAGGGGGAAAAGAAAGAAUAGUAAAAAAUGGCGAAAGCUGUAGCUUGGCAUGCUUCAUUUACUUCAUAUUCUUCUUCAUCAUCAUCAUCUCCAUUUCCAAGAAAUCCCAUUGUACCAGUUGGUUUUUCUCUUUCACUUUCACCCAGAAUUCAUACUUUAUCUUCAGCUUUUCCUUCACUUUCCAUCAAACCAAAAAGGCCCAACAGCUCUUUUGAAGUGAGAUCUGUGGCUGCUCCUGCAGAAGAUAUUGCUGGGUUUGACGAAAUGGUUUCUGGGACAGAACGUAAGUAUUACAUGCUAGGCGGCAAGGGAGGUGUAGGGAAAACAAGUUGUGCUGCUUCACUAGCAGUUAAAUUCGCAAAUAAUGGACACCACACUCUGGUGGUUUCUACUGAUCCGGCUCAUUCCUUGAGUGAUUCUUUUGCACAGGAUUUGACUGGAGGGAUGCUAGUACCGGUUGAAGGACCUGACUUUCCAUUGUUUGCUCUUGAGAUAAACCCAGACAAGGCUAGGGAAGAGUUUCGAGAUGCAACUAAGAACAACGGUGGAACCGGGGUCAAAGAAUUCAUGGAUGGCAUGGGCCUUGGGAUGCUUGUAGAACAGUUAGGAGAGCUGAAAUUGGGAGAGCUACUUGACACUCCGCCUCCUGGUUUAGAUGAAGCUAUUGCAAUUUCAAAGGUGAUGCAAUUUCUUGAAUCACCGCAAUAUAAUAUGUUUACUCGAAUAGUUUUUGACACUGCACCAACGGGACAUACAUUGCGACUUUUGUCAUUGCCAGACUUCUUGGAUGCAUCAAUAGGCAAGAUUUUAAAGCUUAGACAGAAGAUUGCUUCAGCCACCUCCGCCAUAAAAUCUGUUUUCGGGCAAGAAGAAACCAAACAGAAUGCUGCUGACAAGUUGGAGCGAUUGAGGGAGAGGAUGGUAAAAGUGAGAGACCUUUUCCGUGAUGCGGAUUCUACAGAGUUUGUCAUCGUCACAAUCCCAACGGUGAUGGCAGUUAGUGAGUCGUCGAGGUUAAGUGCCUCCUUGAAGAAGGAAAAUGUUCCUGUGAAGAGACUUAUUGUUAAUCAGAUUCUUCCUCCAUCUGCCUCUGACUGCAAGUUUUGUGCAGUGAAAAGGAAGGAUCAGAUGCGUGCUCUUGAUGUGAUCCAGAGUGAUCCAGAGCUAUCGAGCUUGAAGUUAAUCCAGUCACCCUUGGUUGACAUGGAGAUUAGAGGUGUUCCAGCACUUAAAUUUAUGGGUGACAUUGUUUGGAAAUAAGCCAUCAUUAAGGUCUGGAAAUUUGGGGCAGCCAUGAAAAUGAGAUAAGCAGCAUUGAAGAAGCUUGGGAUUUUGGAUAACGGAAGUGUCACAGCUCACACGCUUGAAGUUGGAUCAUGUAAAAGGAAAACCUUCAACUUUUGUACAACCCCAGAUUAUAUGUGUAUGUAUACGUAUAUUCAAUUUUUGGUAAGUUUCUAUAUGAAAGCAAUGAUAAAACAGGCAUAAUCUUGUUGAUUAUUGAUUGAGGAUACAUAUGUGGAUCUAUAACUCAAUUCUUUUAUUAUUAUUAUGCAACUCGGAUGGGAGAAAAUGUUGAUGUUGUGAUCUAAAA